AUGAAGAAUGAUGACGACAUGUGCUUUAUGUGGUGUCAUGUGAGACAUCUAAAUCCUAGGGCUAGGAGGGCAACCACUAUUACAAAAAAGGACAGGGAAUUCAAAAUAAACCUGGAUUAUGAAGGUAUUGACUUCCCUGUGAAGAUAAGCGAUAUUGAUAAGAUUGAGAGGAAAAAUAGUGUCAACAUCUCAGUGUUCGGUUAUAAGGGUAAAAAGCAGUUCUACCCCAUAAGGAUCUCAAAGGCUACAUAUGAUGAGCAUAUGGAGCUUCUACUCCUGGGUGAUGGUGAAGGUAGUAGACAUUACGUGCUUAUAAAGGAUGUAAACAGAAUGCUGUGUAGUGUGAGUAAACAUCGACACAAGCAACACUUCUGCUUACACUGUCUUCAUAGUUGUGUUAGCGAGGAGGUACUGGAGAAGGAUAAGGAAACAUGUCUGGAGGUAAAUGGAACUCAGGCCGUAAUACUUCCCGAGGAAGGGACAAAAAUAAAGUUCAAAAAUCAUAGGAACUUAAUGCCUGUGCCGUUUGUGAUAUACGCUGAUUUUGAGUCCAUACUGGUGCCUGAGAAGAGAAAAGAGAAGUCAGGGAACCCUGAGGAUGAAAGUAGUACGGACCUUUACCAGACACACAAGGCUUGUAGUUUUGGUUUGAAAACAGUCUGCCACUAUGAUGAUAAAUACUCCGGUGAGUAUAAGAGUUACGUUGGAAGUGACGCUGCAUUGGUCUUCCUGAAGACGGUAGUAAAAGAGUCCUUCAGAUGUAGGGAAAUGACUGACAAAAUAUUCAGGAAGAAAAUGGUAAUUACACCCGAAGAGGAAGCAGAAUUCCUGGUUACAAAAAACUGCCAAAUUUGUGGUAACGAUCUAUGUGAGGACCGUGUGAGAGACCAUGACCAUGUAACAGGUAAGUACCGCGGAGCUGCUCAUAAUAUAUGUAAUCUUAAGUAUAGAAUUACAUGGAAAGUACCUGUGGUCUUCCACAACCUGAGAGGUUACGAUAGUCAUCUGAUUAUGCAGGAAAUUGGUAAGUUCAAGAUGGACGUCAAUGUGAUCCCAAAUAAUAUGGAAAAAUACAUCUCAUUCUCACUGG